GUGAGGGAAUCUUGACUUUACUUUGGAGGUGAGAGAGAGUGAAGAAUUUGAAAUUCCCAGAGGUAAUUAGGUGACCCUCCCUGGAUAUCUGGAAAUGGGACCUUCUCAUGAGGAAUUGACCAGACAUGACAGUGAAAACAAAAACUAAUAAUAGCAGAGCAGAGUGAGUAAAUGCAAAAAGAAACGUAUCUCAUCCAAAGAAAUACCAACUUCGAAGGAUAUGGCUUCAGCCCCAGCCUCAGCGGCAUCGCCCCUCUUCCUUCUACUUUCUGUGCUUGGGUUUCUUAUGAUUGGAAUUGGGUCAUUCUUUAUUACAGGCAUUAAUGCUUCGGACCAAACCAACACCUACCCACUUCCUGAAACCCAGCAAUCUGAUAGGAUAACUCUUCUCCCAGGGCAGCCCUCAAACCCACCCAUCUCACACUUCUCAGGCUACAUAACUGUACAUCCAGGUAGGGCUCUGUUCUACUGGUUUUUUGAAGCUCAAUCUCAACCAUCCAAGAGGCCUCUCCUUCUCUGGCUUAAUGGAGGUCCUGGUUGCUCAUCAAUAGGAUAUGGUGCGGCUGUUGAAUUGGGUCCUUUUCGUGUGAAAAGAAAUGGAGUUGGACUUGAGUUCAAUAAAUAUGCUUGGAAUAAAGAAGCAAAUUUGUUAUUUGUGGAAUCUCCAGUGGGAGUUGGGUUCUCAUACACAAACACAAGUUCUGAUCUCACCAGAUUAGAUGACAGUUUUGUGGCGGAGGAUGCGUACCAUUUCAUAGUCAAUUGGCUGGACAGAUUUCCACAAUUUAAAGCUCAUGAUCUCUAUAUCUCAGGAGAGAGUUACGGAGGUCACUAUGUGCCUCAACUAGCCGAGCUCGUGUAUGACAGGAACAAGGAUCAGAAGAACUACCCAUUCAUUCACCUCAAAGGUUUCAUUGUAGGAAAUCCUGAAACAGAUGACUUCUAUGAUUCCAAAGGUUUAUUGGAGUACGCAUGGAGUCAUGCAGUUAUAUCAGAUCAAGUCUAUGAGAAAGCAAAACAAGUAUGUGAUUUCGAGCUCAUCAAUUGGACAGACCAAUGCAAUGCCGCCAUGAACAUUGUUUUCCAACCUUAUACAGAGAUUGAUAUCUACAAUAUCUACGCCCCUAUUUGCCUCCUCAACAAAACUUCAUCCUCUUCAUCUGCUAGUGACCAUGUUCUUACUUCUCACUUUAAGGUGAAGAAGGGGAAGAGAAUUCUUGGAGGCUAUGACCCUUGUUACUCUCCAUACGCAGAAGAAUAUUUCAAUAGAAUGGAUGUUCGAUUGUCUAUCCAUGCAAAUAUGGAAGGAAAUACCAGCAAGAAAUGGAGGGUCUGCAGUGAUUCCAUAUUGAAUUCGUACAACUUUACGGUUUUCUCAAUCCUACCCAUCUAUCGGAAACUAAUCAAAGCUGGUCUAAAGAUAUGGGUUUACAGGAUACCAUUUUCGGGGACCCAAUACUGCAUGGAAGCUUUGGAUUUGCCCAUCAAUGCAUCUUGGCACUCUUGGUUCCACCACAAUCAGGUUGGAGGAAGGGUUGUUGAAUACGAAGGACUAACAUUUGUGACAGUAAGAGGGGCUGGUCACUUGGUACCCCUCAAUAAACCAAGUGAAGCUUUGAAGCUCAUCAACUCUUUUUUGUCCGGUCGAAAUCUCCCAACAACACACUAGAAAGAAAUUCAACACCCUUAUUUUAUGUUCUAUUUUGGUAAGUAACGUUUUAUUUUUAAAAUAAUUCGUCCCCACAUUGGGCCUUUCAUGAUUUGUAUAUUUUCUUCUCAAUGUCAUUGGCUUGUCAUUCUAAAGGUAUCUCUAGGGUAUUAGAAGUCGGCUUGCAUUGGUAGGUUCAACUUGAACCCAUUGGUUGAAGAUUGAGAUUGGAUUGAUUGAUUAUUAAAUGUGUUGGAUUCAAGCAUCAAUCGAUUAAUAAUCAGACGUUCCCAGUGCAAA